CGCUGCCGGCGCGUGGCGUCACUGCUCGCGGCUGCUGUCAGCGCGGGCGCGCGGCGGCCGCGGCUCCGCGCGCUUUGUCCGCCCCCCUUGCCGGGUGCUCCUCUCUUUCUUCCCCGUUUCUGUAGUGUUGGUUGGACGGGCCGUGGGCAGCCCCAGACAGGCUCUCUGGAGCCGGGGGCGCCGCGGGAAGUCCGGGCAGGCGAGUGCGUGUGCGUGAGUCCCCCCGACGGCCCUUUCAUCGCUUUGUUGUGAUUAGCCGGAGGCCGGGCCUGCGCCGGGGGCGUUCGGGCCGCCGGGAGCUGCUCGGCACCAUUUGCUCGGGCUCCCGCUCCCUGAACCCGGGCGAAAGCGAACGAGCUGGUCUCUUCUGCGAGCCCGAUAAAUGCUGUUUAUGAGGAUGGACCUGUUGAACUACCAGUACUUGGACAAGAUGAACAACAAUAUCGGCAUUCUCUGCUACGAAGGUGAAGCGGCUCUGAGGGGGGAGCCCCGAAUGCAGCCCCUGCCCGUGUCCCCGGCCCUGCCCAACCACCGCACCGGCCCCCCGCCCAUCAGCCCCGGCAAGAGGAAGCUCAGCAUGGACCAGGGGGACGAGGAGCUUGACUGUGAGAGCGACCACGUCUCCAAAAUGAGUCGAAUGUUCAACCCGCACCUAAACAAGACUGCCAAUGGGGAUUACCGGAAGGAGCACAGGGAGAGGAGUCGCAGCCCCAUCGAGAGGGCUGCUGCCCCAACAAUGAGCCUUCAUGCCAAUCACAUGUACGCCUCAAUCCCAAGCUUGACCAUGGAUCAACCUCUAGCACUGACCAAAAACAGCAUGGAUGCAACCCGAACAGUCGGCAUCACCCCUACACUGACUUCUGUGGAGCGGCAGCAGAACCGUCCAUCCGUGAUCACGUGUGCUUCAGCGAACAACCGCAACUGCAACCUCUCGCACUGCCCCAUCGCGCACAGCGGCUGUGCCGCCGGGCCCGCCUACCGCCGACCCUCCAGCGCCGCCCCCGCCUGCGACCCCGUGGUGGAGGAACACUUCCGCAGGAGCCUCGGCAAGAACUACAAGGAGCCCGAGCCUGUGGCAAACUCCGUGUCCAUCACAGGGUCGGUUGACGACCACUUCGCCAAAGCGCUCGGGGACACGUGGCUCCAGAUCAAAGCUGCCAAGGACGGCGUGUCCAGCAGUCCUGAGUCGGCCUCUCGGCGGGGCCAGGCGUCCCCCUCCUCCCACAUGGUCAAUCACACUCACUCGCCCUCUGUCGUCUCAUGAAGACUGGGACGUUUGUGAAUUUGCAUGGUUUGACUGAGCUUUGAAGAGUGCUUAAAAUAGUGUUGGGAGAGGGGAGAUUAGUUUUCAACACAUGUUUUUGUGUACUCACUUUGUAUUUGUAAAAGGGUGCCCUUAAAGACGAUAGCAGGAACUAUUUCAUAAAGAUUCAUAUGAUGUAGCAUCCUUUUUUCCUGCCUCAAUUACCAAAGAAACCUCUGAUGCAAAUCUGCUGCCCCUUAAAAAAAACGUAAUGCACGCUAAUACACAAAAGCCAUUACGCUUAGUUGGUUGACCCAAACGCUUUUUGCCUUUAUUAGCUUCUCGAGACUAGAAUUUGUCUGAUUUGCUUACAUUGCCUUUUUUUUCCCUCUGUGAAGUAAUUUUGUAUGUAUAUACUUGAAAAGAACUGUCAUGUAUGAUUUGCACUAUUGAAGGAGGACUGAAGUUGCGUAGCGACUUUCUGGAAGAUGCUAAUAUUUUGAGGGCAAACUGCUGAAAAAAGGGUUUAAGGAUGACGUUUCUAUCAGUUUGAUUUUUUCUUAAAGCAAAACAGCUUUGGAAGGGGAAGUCUCAUACAGGUUAUAGGUCUUUCUCUCUUUAGAUUUCGGGUGCUUAGUGCUUGCAACUGGACUGCAUAAUUUACAGAACACGGGCAUUUUUUCCUAAACACUGCAGUUUGUUAGAAUAGAGCCGAGGUUGGAGGGUUCAAUAGUGCUUAACAAUGCAUGUUUUAUGAAAAAUAGCUGGUAUCUAUUAAUGUAUAGACAGUAAGAAUCAUAAUACUUAUUAGCUUUUCUUCAGAAUUAGUUUAUUUUUGUCAGUAACAAUCCUAGAUAUACUUACUGCUGGUACAGUUGUACUCUAUGAUGUUUGUAUUUUAUAUUCACUUUAGUAGCAGCCGGCGAGCGGGGCCAGCGCAGGACGGGCCGCGCAGACGGGGCCGGUGCGGAACAGGACGCCACGGUUUGUUCUGUCCGCAGCUCCGUCUGCUCACGGGAACUGCCUUCUGGAAACUUCCAUCUCUGGAAUCCCCCUGUAGCUGCAGAAACUGCCCCCGUUACGUAUCUUGGCUGGACAACAGAUUGUUACAGUUUGUGAAAUACGAUCUUUAAUUUUUUUAAGCUUAUUCAUAAACUUACGCCAAGUUGCAGCAUACAUUCCUCCAUUAGAAAACUUUAUACAGGUAUUACUGCAUUUAUUAUCAUUUGCUAUAUUAAUAGCUGCUAACUAGAAAUUAGGCAGUAGAGGCAGGUGUAAAACCACAGCUGUGCUAGUACUAAGAGCUUCUCUUCUUGUACAGUGUAACUGCUCUCCCCCAGACAUUCCAUCUUCCCAGUACAGUUGCAACUAGGGCUUUUUUUUUAUACUGGGUUACCUGAAAUGAUUGGUUCGGUGUAGAAAGGUAGAACUAGUUGGAAGAUGAACUACACGUGAUGUAUUAUGGACUAUGUUACAGUAUUGGGUCCAUUGUGGCUUUUAUUUUACGGUUUUGGGUUCUUUUACGGUUAAGCUAUUUAAUUGGAAAAGGUGCAGGGUAGAAGGAGAUCAGGAGAUUGGCUCUUACUCUUGUGGAGAAGGUGGCUGCUCAAUUUUCUUUAAAAAAAAGGAAAAAAAGAAAAAAAAAAACACACCUAGCCCCAGUUUUACACAUUUCACUACCAUCCGACUGGGUAGUCAACGCUUCCUUGCUUUGGCAUUCAGUACCCUACUCUGUAGGAGGAUUGUUAAAAGAACACUUUUUUAUAUAGGUAACUUUAAGACCAUCGUUACGCUGUGCGUAAAGAAUGUACAGAGAAAUUUGUAGGUAUUUUUUGAGGAACAAUUAAUUUGUUAAUGAUAUGUAGCUAUUUAAUUUUUCCCUUUCCUUUAUUGUAAUCAUUCAUUUUUUUUUUUUUUUUUUUGUUUGGAGAAAAAAGUUGAUCUUUUUUUGUUGUAGAUUUGUCUGUAAUACAGUAAAAGUGCAGGAACACAGUUAUUCUAUGAGAACACUGCAUUAGCAUUAAUAGCCACUAGUUUGUUAUUGCUACGGGCUACUGAACAUUAUAACAGUAAAAUACUAAUACUGUAGAUGGACUCUGUGGAAAAUGUGACUCCUAUAUUUCUUUGUAAACACAAAUAAGAUAAUGUUUUUAAAGCUAAUAUUUUCAAUAAUAGCUGUUUUACAAGGUUACAUUUACUUAUCUGAGAUAGGUAAAUGGAUUUGAGGGCAAUAAAGACUUAAUGUGAUAUGUCCAGUAAAACAUAUAUUAAACACAAUAAUGUCACGAAAGCCAAAGGGUUGGGGGGAGGUGGAAGGAAACUAAACUGAACUCGCCAUCCUGAGAUGUGGCGAAGUUUCUUCACAGAGCCGGGUCAUCUACAGUUCAGUCUGAAAGAUUCUCUCUGUGUUUGUAAAUCUGUAAUAUACCAUUCUUUUGUGGCCUUGUUUCACCUGCAAAAAGGAGAAAAAAAAAAAAAGGUUUGGCAGGCCAUCUUUUUUUUUGUACUUAAAAGUAGCCUUAAAGAACAAUAAAGUGCUCUUAAAUCA